AUGUCCGUCGACACCAACAAUGAUCUUAUCCUCAUCACCGCCGCCUCCGGCAAACAAGCCCGCGGCCUGCUCCCCCAUCUGACUGGGACUUGGAAACACCUCCGCUUAAACGUUGCGUCCCAAGCCUCAGCAGACCGCUUGAAGCAGCAAUAUCCAGGUGCCGACGUGACUCAACACGACAUCUCAGAUCCACAUGCCUGCGACACUAUGCUCCAAGGUGUCACAGCCUGCUUCCUCGUCACACCGGCCUUCCAUCCCCAAGAGACCCAAUGCGGCAUCAACGUGAUCAACGCCGCACGCUCUAGCAUGCAGAAGAUGAUGAACCAUGAUGCCAAGCGGUAUAUCGAGGAGUAUCUGGUCGAGUCUGGCGUGCCGCAUACGAUCAUUCAGCCGACGCAUCUUAUGGAGACGUUGCCGUUGGCUAAGAUUGUUGAGGAAGCGGAGAAGGACGGGAAAGCGAGCCAUCCACUAUUCUGGGAUCCGAGUGUGCCCUCGACCUCGGUGUCAACGCGGGAUGUUGGUGAAGCGGCAGCGAAGAUCCUGGCCGAGCGGGAAAGGCACUUCUCAGCCACCUAUCAGCUUGUCGGGACUCGAGCUCCGAUCUCAUACACUCAAAUCGCCGCCAUUGUGUCAGAAGAGAUUGGCAAACCCUUCUCCAUUGAGCAGAAGCCGAUCGACGACGGGGUGAAGGCUUUCAAUUCCAUGAUGACCAGUGGCAAGCCGGAAACUGCGGACUUCCUGAUGAAGCAAGGGCCAGCCAGGAUGUUCAUGUAUUACAACGGCCGUGGGAUCAUCGGCAAUCCUAACGUGCUUGAGAUGUUGCUUGGUCGGAAGGCGCUGGACUACCGGGACUGGGUGAAGAUGGGUUUGAAAGAGAUCAAAGGGCAAUAG